AUGAUAGGGGGCCACUAUUUGUUUGCUAUGGACAACUAUUAUACGUCAUUACAGGUUGCCACUGUAUUAUCAAACUUUGGUCAAAACAACAAUGGUAUCACCGACAGUAAUAGCAACAAUACCAACAACAACAAUAUCAAUAACAAUAACAACAAGAUUCAUUAUGUAAUGACUGUAAGGGCCAUUAGACCCUCUUACCUUUUCAAAGAUGGUUUAGGACAUAUGGUACAAAAGGACAGUAAGAAAAAGUUGGCUGCUAUAGCUUUUCCAAAAGAAAACUCAGGUAUUCCCCAGGACAUUUGUGCCACUGCCAUAAAUGACAGCAAAGUAACCUACUUUUUAUCAAAUGCCUGUAGUCCAUCACUAAAAGAUGGAAAGCUCACAAAGCUCGAUGUGCAGACUCAAUACAAUGCAACUACUCAUGGAGUCGAUCUGUCAGGACAACUAUCAUCAAAUUGUCGGUCCUAUCCCCAUCGAAAAACCAAAUACACACAUGUAAACCUCAUGACUCAGUUUGAUCGUGCAAUGGUGAACGCAUAUUGCAUCUUCAAAAAGCUUCAAGGUCGUGGUUCGUACCGAUUUUGUGAUUUUGUGAAAAGCGUGGUACAGGAAAUGCUUCGCUUGCCGACACCACCAAUCAGAACCCACCAACAACAAAAUAUUGGAAUUAAAAUAGACCAGAGUCUAAAAGAUAAGAUUAAACAACUAGAAGAAGAAUUGGAUGCUGCACAGUCUGGAAAUGGAAGCCAAUAUUAUGGUCCCACUGCUGCCGCCCAAACUGUAGUCCACGCAUUGGUUCGAGACUCCACUAGUGGUCACAAACCUUGUCAAUAUUGCAAAGUCCUCAAGAUAAAAGCUAGAACAAGAACAACCAAGGUUUGUUGCCAAUGUAAAGUGAACUUUCACGAUGAAUGUUAUCUUAUAGCACACCUCCCAGAAAACAAAGUACUUCUCGCGACACUAAUAAUGGCAACACCAACUACUACGCCAACAACAACAACAAAAUCUCUCAGCAUCAAGAGAGGUUUCUUUGUAAAUUUAAAAGAUCUUCCAAGCGGUUGGGUUUGGAUGCCUUAUAUUAGUUAUUUUAAAUAUUUAAUUGAAGCAAUUGUUGUCAAUUCAUUCCAAGGAAUUGUUUUUAGUUGUAGCGAUAGUGAAAGAAUUGGAGGACAAUGCCCAACAUCGACUGGAGAACAGGUCAUUGAUCGUAUGAAUUAUGGGUAUGACAAUUAUUGGAGAAAUGUAUGGAUUGUACUAUUGUUUGUUAUAGCAUUUAGAGUUCUUGCAUUUUUGGUGUUGUCAUUUAAGAGUCGCGACCAAUUUACAUCAAAGAUGAAAACUUUCAAACCAACAACCAAUUAA